AUGGUGACAACUCUGCACCUCCCACUGCUCCUGCUGUCAGCCUUGGUGGCUUUCUGUGCAGCCAGUGAGAGUUCCAAGCUGAGUAGUAGCUCUCAAGAAACACUGGGUGACCUGGAGGAUGCUGACAUCCAUGAGGAGGGCGUUCAACAGGCAAUAGACUACUCCGUGGGCGUUUACAACCAGGAGAACAACAACCUGUAUUACAGCCGUGUGCGGAGGGUGGUGCGUGCCCGUCAGCAGGUUGUCGCUGGGAUGAACUACUACUUGGAUUUGGAGAUGGGUCGAACCACCUGCACUAAGACUCAGUCUGACCUAUCUGAAUGUGCCUUUGAUGAUUCACAAGAUGAGCAGAGGACCUUCUGCUCCUUCCAGGUCUACAGUGUGCCCUGGCUGGGCCAAAUCUCCGUGACAGAAUACAGUUGUCACAAUGAGUAA